AGCAGCCGUGGCGGCCACGGGGCGGGGCGCGGCGGUCGGCGACCGCGGCCGGGGCUGCAGGCGGCGGAGCGGCUGGGUGACUGUUCAGACUGAGUGUGUAUAUGAGUGAGACUUGUAUUUAUACUAGAGGCUAGAUACUGAAGUGUCUUCUCCGCAGCAGCACGGAAAAUCGAGGUUUUAAAAUUCUUGCCAACAUUUGGUGUCACAUGUGAGCCUUCCACAUGUGUUCACUCUCCAUUCCAGCUCUGUGAUUGAACUCUGCUCUUAUUGACUAGGGGGCAUUUGGGCAGGCAUGCUUCAUUCCUGGAAUUGACAGUCAUUCCAUAAGAAGUUGGAUUCCAUGGGUUCCAAGAGAAGACGAGCUACCUCCCCUUCCAGUAGUGUCAGCGGGGACUUUGAUGACGGGCACCAUUCUGUAUCCACACCAGGCCCCAGCAGGAAAAGGAGGAGACUGUCCAAUCUUCCAACUGUAGAUCCUAUUGCUGUAUGCCAUGAACUCUACAAUACCAUCCGAGACUAUAAGGAUGAGCAGGGCAGGCUCCUCUGUGAGCUCUUCAUUAGGGCACCCAAACGAAGAAAUCAACCUGACUAUUAUGAAGUGGUUUCUCAGCCCAUUGAUUUGAUGAAAAUCCAACAAAAGCUAAAAAUGGAAGAGUAUGAUGAUGUUAAUCUGUUGACGGCUGACUUCCAGCUGCUUUUUAACAAUGCAAAGGCCUAUUAUAAGCCAGAUUCUCCUGAAUAUAAAGCUGCUUGCAAACUCUGGGAUUUGUACCUUCGAACGAGAAAUGAGUUUGUUCAAAAGGGAGAAGCAGAUGAUGAAGAUGAUGAUGAAGAUGGACAAGACAAUCAAGGCACAGUGACGGAAGGAUCUUCUCCAAGUUACUUGAAGGAGAUCCUGGAGCAGCUUCUUGAAGCCAUAGUUGUAGCCACAAAUCCAUCAGGACGUCUCAUUAGUGAACUUUUCCAGAAACUGCCUUCUAAAGUGCAAUAUCCAGACUAUUAUGCAAUAAUUAAGGAGCCUAUAGAUCUCAAGACCAUUGCCCAGAGGAUACAGAAUGGAAGCUACAAGAGUAUUCAUGCAAUGGCCAAAGAUAUAGAUCUUCUAGCAAAAAAUGCCAAAACUUACAAUGAGCCUGGUUCUCAAGUAUUCAAGGAUGCAAAUUCUAUUAAAAAAAUAUUUUAUAUGAAAAAGGCAGAAAUUGAACAUCAUGAAAUGACCAAGUCAAGCCUUCGAAUGAGGACGCCAUCAAAUUUGGCUGCAGCCAGGUUGACAGGUCCUUCGCACAGUAAAGGCAGCCUUGGUGAAGAGAGAAAUCCCACUAGCAAGUAUUACCGUAAUAAAAGAACAGUCCAAGGGGGUCGUUUGUCAGCAAUUACCAUGGCACUUCAAUAUGGCUCAGAAAGUGAAGAGGAUGCUGCUUUAGCUGCUGCACGUUAUGAAGAAGGAGAGUCGGAAGCAGAAAGUAUUACUUCAUUUAUGGAUGUUUCAAACCCUUUUUAUCAGCUUUAUGACACAGUUAGGAGUUGUCGGAAUAAUCAAGGGCAGCUAAUAGCUGAACCUUUUUUCCAUUUACCUUCAAAGAAAAAAUACCCUGAUUAUUAUCAGCAAAUUAAAAUGCCCAUAUCCCUACAACAGAUCAGAACAAAGCUAAAGAACCAAGAAUAUGAAACUUUAGAUCAUUUGGAGUGUGAUCUGAAUUUAAUGUUUGAGAAUGCCAAACGCUAUAAUGUUCCCAAUUCAGCCAUCUACAAGCGAGUUCUAAAAUUGCAGCAAGUCAUGCAGGCAAAGAAGAAGGAGCUUGCCAGAAGGGAUGACAUUGAGGAUGGAGACAGCAUGAUUUCUUCAGCCACCUCUGAUGCUGGUAGUGCCAAAAGAAAAAGUAAAAAGAACAUAAGAAAGCAGCGAAUGAAAAUCUUAUUCAAUGUUGUUCUUGAAGCUCGUGAGCCAGGUUCAGGCAGAAGACUUUGUGAUCUGUUUAUGGUUAAACCAUCCAAAAAGGACUAUCCUGACUAUUAUAAAAUCAUUUUGGAGCCUAUGGACUUAAAAAUAAUUGAGCAUAACAUUCGCAAUGACAAAUAUGCAGGGGAAGAAGGAAUGAUAGAAGACAUGAAGCUGAUGUUCCGGAAUGCCAGGCAUUACAACGAGGAGGGCUCCCAGGUGUACAAUGAUGCGCACAUCCUGGAGAAGUUACUCAAGGAUAAAAGAAAAGAGCUGGGCCCGCUGCCUGAUGAUGACGAUGUGGCUUCUCCCAAACUCAAGCUGAGUAGGAAGAGUGGAAUUUCUCCUAAAAAAUCAAAAUACAUGACUCCAAUGCAGCAGAAACUAAAUGAAGUCUAUGAAGCUGUAAAGAACUAUACUGAUAAGAGGGGUCGCCGCCUCAGUGCUAUAUUUUUGAGGCUUCCCUCUAGAUCUGAACUGCCUGACUAUUAUCUGACCAUUAAAAAGCCCAUGGACAUGGAAAAAAUUCGAAGUCACAUGAUGGCCAACAAAUACCAAGAUAUAGACUCCAUGGUUGAGGACUUUGUCAUGAUGUUUAACAAUGCCUGUACAUACAAUGAGCCUGAGUCUUUGAUCUACAAAGAUGCCCUUGUUCUGCACAAAGUUCUCCUUGAAACUCGGAGAGACCUGGAGGGAGAUGAAGACUCUCAUGUCCCAAAUGUGACUUUGCUGAUUCAAGAGCUCAUCCACAAUCUUUUUGUGUCAGUCAUGAGUCAUCAGGAUGAUGAAGGAAGAUGCUACAGUGAUUCUUUAGCAGAAAUUCCUGCUGUGGAUCCCAGCUUCCCAAACAAACCUCCUCUUACUUUCGACAUAAUUAGAAAGAAUGUUGAAAAUAAUCGUUACCGGCGGCUUGAUUUAUUUCAAGAGCAUAUGUUUGAAGUCUUGGAAAGGGCAAGAAGGAUGAAUCGGACAGACUCUGAAAUCUAUGAGGACGCAGUAGAACUACAGCAGUUUUUUAUUAAAAUUCGUGAUGAACUCUGCAAAAAUGGAGAGAUCCUGCUUUCACCAGCACUCAGCUACACCACAAAGCAUUUACAUAAUGAUGUGGAGAAAGAGAAAAAGGAAAAAUUGCCAAAAGAACUAGAAGAAGAUAAACUAAAACGAGAAGAAGAGAAAAGAGAAGCUGAAAAGAGUGAAGACUCCUCAGGUGCCACAGGCCUCUCCGGCUUACAUCGCACAUACAGCCAGGACUGCAGCUUUAAGAACAGCAUGUACCACGUUGGAGACUACGUGUAUGUGGAGCCCGCGGAAGCCAGCCUGCAACCACACAUAGUCUGCAUUGAGAGGCUGUGGGAAGAUUCUGCUGGUGAAAAAUGGUUGUAUGGCUGUUGGUUUUAUCGGCCAAAUGAAACGUUCCAUCUGGCUACACGAAAAUUUCUAGAAAAAGAAGUUUUUAAGAGUGACUAUUACAAUAAAGUUCCUGUUAGUAAAAUUCUAGGAAAAUGUGUGGUCAUGUUUGUCAAGGAAUACUUUAAAUUAUGCCCAGAAAACUUUCGAGAUGAGGAUGUUUUUGUCUGUGAGUCACGGUAUUCUGCCAAAACCAAAUCUUUUAAGAAAAUUAAACUGUGGACCAUGCCCAUUAGCUCCGUUAGGUUUGUCCCUCGGGAUGUGCCCUUGCCUGUGGUCCGAGUGGCCUCUGUAUUUGCAAAUGCAGAUAAAGGGGAUGAUGAGAAGAACACAGACAACUCAGAAGACAGUCGAACUGAAGACAGUUAUAACUUGGAAAAGGAGAAAGAAGAUGUCCCUGUGGAAAUGUCAAACGGUGAACCAGGUUGCCACUACUUUGAGCAACUCCGUUACAAUGACAUGUGGCUAAAGGUUGGCGACUGUGUCUUCAUCAAAUCCCAUGGCCUGGUGCGCCCUCGAGUGGGCAGAAUUGAAAAGGUAUGGGUCCGAGAUGGAGCUGCAUAUUUUUAUGGCCCUAUCUUCAUUCACCCAGAAGAGACAGAACAUGAACCCACAAAAAUGUUCUACAAAAAAGAAGUAUUUCUGAGUAAUCUGGAAGAAACCUGCCCCAUGACAUGUAUUCUGGGAAAGUGUGCUGUGUUGUCAUUCAAGGACUUCCUCUCCUGCAGACCAACUGAAAUACCAGAAAAUGACAUUCUACUUUGUGAGAGCCGCUACAACGAGAGUGACAAACAGAUGAAGAAAUUCAAGGGACUGAAGAGGUUUUCACUCUCUGCCAAAGUGGUAGAUGAUGAGAUUUAUUACUUCAGAAAACCAAUUGUUCCUCAGAAAGAGCCCUCACCUUUGUUGGAGAAGAAGAUCCAGUUGCUAGAAGCAAAAUUUGCUGAGUUAGAAGGUGGAGAUGAUGAUAUUGAAGAGAUGGGAGAAGAGGAUAGUGAGGUCAUUGAGCCUCCUUCUCUACCUCAACUUCAGACCCCCCUUGCCAGUGAGCUGGAUCUCAUGCCCUACACACCCCCACAGUCUACCCCGAAGUCUGCCAAAGGCAGUGCAAAGAAGGAAGGCUCCAAACGGAAAAUCAACAUGAGUGGCUACAUCCUGUUCAGCAGUGAAAUGAGAGCUGUGAUUAAGGCCCAGCAUCCAGACUACUCUUUCGGGGAGCUCAGCCGACUGGUGGGGACAGAAUGGAGAAACCUUGAAACAGCCAAGAAAGCAGAAUAUGAAGAGCGGGCAGCUAAAGUUGCUGAGCAGCAGGAGAGAGAGCGAGCAGCACAGCAACAGCAGCCGAGUGCUUCUCCCCGAGCAGGCACCCCUGUGGGGGCUCUCAUGGGGGUGGUGCCACCACCAACACCAAUGGGGAUGCUCAAUCAGCAGUUGACACCUGUUGCAGGCAUGAUGGGUGGCUAUCCGCCAGGCCUUCCACCUUUGCAGGGCCCAGUUGAUGGCCUUGUUAGCAUGGGCAGCAUGCAGCCACUUCACCCUGGGGGGCCUCCACCCCACCAUCUUCCGCCAGGUGUGCCCGGCCUCCCGGGCAUCCCACCACCGGGUGUGAUGAACCAAGGAGUGACCCCUAUGGUAGGGACUCCAGCACCAGGUGGAAGUCCAUAUGGACAGCAGGUAGGAGUUUUGGGGCCUCCAGGGCAGCAGGCACCACCUCCGUAUCCUGGCCCACAUCCAGCCGGCCCCCCUGUCAUUCAGCAGCCAACAACGCCCAUGUUUGUAGCUCCCCCACCGAAGACACAACGGCUUCUCCACUCAGAAGCCUACCUGAAAUACAUUGAAGGACUCAGUGCUGAGUCGAACAGCAUUAGCAAGUGGGACCAAACCCUGGCAGCUCGAAGACGCGAUGUCCAUUUGUCAAAAGAACAGGAGAGCCGCCUCCCCUCUCACUGGCUGAAAAGUAAAGGGGCCCAUACCACCAUGGCAGAUGCUCUCUGGCGCCUUCGGGAUUUGAUGCUCCGUGACACCCUCAACAUUCGCCAAGCAUACAAUCUAGAAAACCUUUAAUCACAUCAAUUACGUUUCUUUUAUAGAAGCAUAAAGAGUUUUGUGGAACAGUAGCCAUUUUAGUUACUGGGGGUGGGUGGGGAGGAACAAAGGAUGAUAAUUUUUAUUGCAUUUUACUGUACAUCACAAGGCCAUUUUUAUAUAAGGACACUUUUAAUAAGCUAUUUCAAUUUGUUUUUGUUAUAUUAAGUUGACUUUAUCAAAUACACAGAGAUUUUUUUGCAUAUGUUUCCUUCGUUUAAAACCAGUUUCAUAAUUGGUUGUAUAUGUAGACUUGGAGUUUUAUCUUUUUACUUGUUGCCAUGGAACUGAAACCAUCAAAGGUUUUGUCUUGGCUUGGGGUUUUUGGUUUUGGUUUUGGGUUUUGUUUUUUAUAAAAGAACAAACAAAAUGAAAAAAAAAUAUAUACACAUGCACGAGAGUUUACAGAUUAGUUUAAGUUGACGAUGAAAUGUGAAGUUGGUCCUAGUUUACAUCUUACAGAAGGGAGUGCACUGGUGUCUGCUUCAUGUGCCUGAGAAUCUGAAUCCACUUCAGCAAAAGCUGUUUCUUACAGGUGAAGUGAAAGGUGGUUAUUUUAGGUUAUAGAUGUUUGACAGACAUGGCACAUUUGCUCUAGUAACUCAGAGACUUGCUCCAGAAAUCUGAAGUCAGUGCUGUGCAUCCUUCUGCAGCUGGUGCAUCUCGCGGACACCUGAAGGGGAGAGCACUGUUUCUUGUGCUGUUGUUAGUUAUCUGUGGUGUCAGCUAUUUUUGCAGAACAUGUGCACAACCCUGAAUUAUACUUAGUCUUGGCAGGUAAGUUUAAGGGUACUUUUGAUCUAUUUAUAUUGAAUUCACAAUUUAUGCCUAUACUUGUUAGAUGAUUUAAAAUUUUAAAUCUCUUACAUUGAGAAAUACUGAAGUUCACCUUGAAGAAAGCAUUGAGGUGUGCAUGGAAGUGAUUUAUUUUUUAAACCUAACACCUAACCUGGCAUAGGGAAGGGAGUGCAUAACCAGAUAUAAGCUGUGUCAGAAGCAUAUUGUAAAAGGUAGAUUGUCUCCAUAUGCAAACGUGUUUUCGUAUCUUUAUUUCCUCACCAGAUGUGGCAUUUUUUUUCUUCUAAGUUUCAGCGUUGUAAUUCUCAACCAGAAAUUUAAGGCUUUCUAAAAUGAAUUUUGAAUUUAACUUGUGCUUUUGAAUUUCAGGAGAAAGGAAUUAUAAUUUAAGAAAAUACUCACUUUAAAAGACCAGUAUGGAUCCCAGAUACUUGGGGUUGACCCUGUCUCUCUUAUUUGAUCCCAUAAGCAUCUGGAGGCAGUGUAUGAUACAUAGACAGGUAGAAAAGCAUCACACCUGGAUUCCACUUGAGGUUUUUGAAACCUGUUUUUUUCUAACAAGAUGGUUGCCAUUUUGGUGGAGCUUCCCUUGCUGUUUGUAAAUUGAGUGACUCUCCCAGGAUACUUUUUUCCUUUAAUCUGGUAUGAAUCAAUACCUGGAUAUUUGAUUGCCAUUCUUAAUCAUGGGGGCAAAAGCUUGUAGAAUUGAAGAAAGUCUCUUGUAUCUAAAUACUUUAAAUACAGGAGGCCCUUGUAACUUAAUUGCCUAUAGUCAACCACUGGAUCUCAGUUUGCAUCAAGUAUUUUAAAUAAUUCUGAAUUUUAAAAAAUGUAUUACAGUAGUAUGUCAGUACCUUAUUGUUAAACUGAAUCAGAUAAAGAAAUCUUCAGUUCCUAGUUAUUUGGGCCAUUGAAUCAUCAUGGACUGUAUAAUACAAUCAGAUUGUUUUUAUUUCUAGACAUUCUUGAAUUACACCAAAGAAUCUGAAAUCUAAUUUUGGUUAAGUUAUUUAUUUAUUUCAUGCACCCAUUUUAUUUCCCUUUUUAAGGUCUGGAUGAGACUUCUUUGGGAAGCCUUUAAAAACUCUUCACUGUGGGCUAGGUGGGGCAUUAGAAGCCAGGGCACUCCUCCUCCAGGCUCCUUCCCAUUGUCUAGAGGUGCUGUAGAAACCAUAGAUCCAGCCAGGGGCUUCCCUCAGGCAGUGCAGAGCCGGGCCAGAGGGCCAGUAGGCAGGCCCUAAUUAAGUUUAAAAAAAAAAAAAAUCUAUGUAUUUAUUUUAGAAUCAUGUCUUUCUGUAUAUUAACUUGGGGAAUAUCAGUUAAUAUUUAGGAUAUAAGAUUUGAGGUCAGCCAUCUUCCAAAAAAGAUAAGCCAAAAAAAAAAUUUUUUUAAAGUCCUGACUUAAGAAAGUACAAGUGAACUAUAUACAUCUUUUUUUUUUUUCCAUGUAUUUUAGGAACUAGUGAUAUGGCUUAGAAAGUAUAAUGGCCUAAAUGUUUUCAAAAUAGAAGUUCAUGUGGCAAAGAAUUUUGUUUAUUUGGGGAAAACCUCUAGGUUUAAAAUAGUAUGUCAGCCAACUGAUUUGAAAGGCCUUGAACUGCUUGUUUUUGAACCCACCCUUGUCCUCCUAUGAGGAAGAACUGAAAGGGGAUGCUUCUUUGUGUGAAAUCUCAAACUGGUGUUGUUGACUUCUGAGCUUGAACAUUUUCAGACCUAAAACUUGGUUUAUUCUAAUUUCUGUAUCAAAGGAGGUUUAAGUGGUAACCAGUCUUAUAACAUGUAUGUAUCAUAUGUUUGUUCAUUUAAAGCUUUUUAAUCCAAAUAAAAAUGGAGUUUGCAAAGUGA